CAACCUUAUUCAAGCGGAAGUACUUUCGUGUUUCGUUUAACAACAAAAAUGGACGCAUAAUCCACGUUAUCGACGUUAAAAUAGCUCGUUGAAAAUAAACACGUUUAACACGUUAAAAUAUAAUUGAUUUGAGCUCAACAUCAUGGGAGGUGGUGAUCUUAACUUGAAGAAGAGUUGGCACCCGCAAACUCUGAAAAACAUCGAGCGGGUGUGGAAAGCGGAGCAGAAGCAUGAGGCGGAGACGAAGAAGAUCGAGGAGCUACAGAAAGAACUGAAGAAUGAGCGUGCACGAGAGGAGAUGACCCGAUAUGCGCAAGAGAAAGGCGCUUUGAAGAAGAAAGACGACCGUUUGGACUGGAUGUACCAGGGUCCAGCGGGACAGGUCUCUCGGGACGAGUACCUUCUCGGUCGCCCCAUUGACAAGCAGAUCACUGAUCAGUAUGAGGAACCAGAGAGCGGUCCAUCUGCUGAGACAGGCCUUCUACCUGGAUCCAUUUUUAACCCCACAAGCGCUGUCUCCACUAAUGAUAUGGCUGCCAAGAUCAGAGAGGAUCCACUCUUUGAGAUCCGCAAACGUGAGGAGGAUAAAAAGAGAGGAGUUCUUACCAAUCCUGUGAAAAUGAAAGAAAUCCAAAGGAUGUUGCGUCAAAAUCUUGAGAAGGAGAAGAAAAAGAAGCGGAAGAAGGACAAGAAAGAGAAAAAAGAGGAAAAAGAGAGAAGAAAGGAGAAAAAGCACAGAAGGAAAAGUGCAAGCUCUGAUGAUGAGGAUAUGGAGCACAGGAGAAAAGAGGAGCGAUCAGACCUCACUGUCUCAAACGGACAUCACAAAUCAGGCUACGGACUCCAAUUACCAGCAAACAGAUCUCAUCACUCUUCAGUAUCAAACCACUCAGAGCACCGUUCAAGAGACAGGAGCCGGUCCCCACUGUCCCACAAAGCAGACAGGGACAAUCACUCAAAACAAAGACCGAAAACCAAGGACCCCAGCCCACCAAAACACAGAGAGCGUUAUCAGAGGCCACAGUACACCAAUUACAGCAAGCGCCUCUCAGCUGAAGAGUUAGAGAAGAAGAGAAAAGAAAUGAUGGAUUUUGCCCGUGAAAGAGAAGUGGAGAGAGAGAAUAAUGUACAGAGAUACAAGCGACAAGAAGAACAGGAGAAAGCCAGAGAGAGUGCCAAAAAUAGCAGUCAUGCUGCCUUCAUACAUGACAUGAAGCUAGAGAGUGCUGCCACGUCCUCUCUGGAAGACCGUGUGAAGAGGAACAUUCACUCCAUUCAGAGGACCCCUGCUGCUCUGGAGAAGAACUUCAUGAGACGAUGAGACUGUCGCAACAGAGGAAAUGCAUUAAUACAUUUUCACUUGUUUUAAAAUUAUAUAGAAGGUUUCAGAUUUCUAUGUAUUUUAAUGAAAUUAUACCACCCUGUAAAUAAAAUUCAUAAAGUUUCUACUGUCAAAGGUUUAGACCCACCUGACCUUUUCCAGUCACCAUUACUAAUGUGUAUAUAAUUUUCAAAAAAUGUCUAGUAUACACAUGUACGUUUCUUUUAACAUGUUUUGUACAUUGUUUUUAGUGGGUAGUUUGGUUAUAUUGAAGUUUUGGUAUUAGUAUAUGUUAGACAUUAAGCUUUGUCUCUAA